CCGGCGCCAUGUUGGCGGGCGUUGGGAUGGGGCUGUCGAGGUGGGGCGAGCAGCAGCGGGUCUUGCGGCGUUCUGUGGAACCGGGGCCUCAGCCUCGUGCCCUGUGCGUCCGUGGGGGCUGAUGUUCCUUCCUUGGGUGUCUCUAAGAUGAGGGUGUGCCGUGAUGGUGGCCGGGUGGCCCUACAGGAGCGGGCCCCGAGUGCUGGCACAGGCAGCAGCAUCGAGCCGGGCAGCACCAGACCCCCAAAACGCUCCCGGGAUGGAGCCCCCCAGCCUGGAGCAGGAAGAGGAGAAGGUUUUGGUGUCGGAGCACAGCUGGCGGCCAUGCCCCAAAGCCCGUAGGAGGCUGCGAGGGUGUCUGGAGGUGGUGAAGGGGCUGCUCUUCCGUGUGGGCGAGGACUGGUAUUUCCUCUUUGUCCUGGGGGUCCUCAUGGCCACCAUCAGCUUCAUGAUGGACCUCAUCAUCUUCAGGCUCUAUGAGGCCCACCGGUGGCUGUACCAAGAAGUUGGUGAUUACUUGGUGCUCAAGUACCUCUCAUGGACCAUCUACCCUGUGGCCCUGACAGCCUUCUCCACCGGCUUUGCCAACAGCAUCACGCCACAUUCAGGAGGCUCUGGCAUUCCUGAGCUCAGGACCAUCCUGAGCGGCGUGGAGCUGGAGGAAUAUUUGGCCAUCAAGAAUUUCGGGGCCAAGGUGGUGGGGCUGACCUGCACCCUUUCUGCUGGCAGCACCGUGUUCCUUGGCAAAUUGGGUCCCUUUGUCCACCUCUCCUCCAUGGCUGCAGCUUAUCUGGGGAAGAUGCGGACCUCAGUGAUAAGGGAGUAUGAGGACAAAUUCAAGCAGAACGAGAUGCUGGUGGCUGCUCAGGCUGUUGGUGUGGCCACUGUUUUUGGGGCUCCCAUCAGUGGGGUGCUGUUCAGCAUCGAGGUGAUGGCAUCCCACUUUGCUGUGCGGGAUUACUGGCGUGGGUUUUUUGCUGCUACUUGCGGUGCCUUCAUGUUUCGCCUCCUCGCCGUCUUCAACAGCGAGCAAGAAACCAUCGCCGCUCUGUUUAAAAGCAACCUCAAGCUUGAUUUCCCUUUUGACCUGCCGGAGACUUUCUUCUUCAUGAUUUUGGGGGCCAUCUGUGGAGCCAUCGCCUGCGCCUACCUCUUCUGCCAGCGCUGGCUGCUGGCGGCCGUCAAAGACAACCGGCUGACAGGCAGGCUGCUGGCCACCGACAAGCCCCUGUACACAGCGCUGGUGGUGCUGCUGCUGGCGUCCAUCACCUUCCCUCCAGGCUUGGGCCAGCUGAUGGCCUCCAGGCUGUCCAUGAAGGAAUACCUCAUCUCUCUCUUCGACAACCGCUCCUGGUUUGUGCUGGCCCAGAACGCUUCCAUGGCCACCACCCAGCUGGGGGACCCACGGGGGCUGUGGCAGGAGUGGUGCCACCCUUCAGCCACCAUCUUUGGUACUUUGGUCUUCUUCCUGCUGAUGAAGUUCUGGAUGCUGACCCUGGCCACCACCCUGCCCAUGCCUGCUGGGUACUUCAUGCCUGUCUUUGUCUAUGGAGCGGCCAUCGGGCGGCUGCAUGGGGAGGUGUUGGCCGCACUCUUCCCCCAUGGCAUCCGCACGGAGGGCACAACGUACCCCAUUGUCCCUGGUGGAUAUGCACUGGCUGGUGCUGCUGCUUUCUCGGGUGCUGUCACCUACUCUUUCUCCACCGCCCUGCUGGUGUGUGAGGCCACUGGCCACAUGGCCCACGUGCUGCCCGUCAUGCUGGCUGUGCUGGUGGCCAACGCCAUCACACGGAAGAGCCAGCCUUCCUUCUAUGAUGGCACCAUCAUUGUCAAGAAGCUGCCCUACCUGCCCCCCAUCCGCAGCCGGCACAUAGCCUCCUAUCGGGUGGUGGUGAAGGAGUUCAUGGAGCAGCGGGUGGUGGCUGUGACCAAGAGUGAUGGCUUUGAGGAGGUGCUGGCAGCCCUCAAUGCCACCACCAAUAAAGAAUACCCAGUGGUGGAGAGCAAAGGGUCACCCACACUGGUGGGCACCAUCAGCCGUGCCAAACUGGUGGCUUUCCUGCAGAGCCACGAGCACCCACAGGCACCCCCAGGGCCACUGCAGGAGAAGCCAGCCUCCACUGGGACGCUUGGGGAGGACUGUGCCAUUGAGCCCAUCGUACUGCAGCUGUCACCGUGGACCUCACUGCACCAGGCACAUCACCUCUUCGAGCUGCUGAAGCUGCAGUGCGUCUUUGUCACUCACUAUGGGGAGCUGGUGGGGGCUGUCACACGCACCGAGCUGCGGAGAGCCAUAGAGGAGCUGGCCAAGGACGCGUGACCGCCCAUCCUGCCCCUGUGUCAAUUAAAUGGCUUUUGGGGUCAUAUGGUUAAUUUCGGGAGCUGUCUGGGGUGCAGAGCAUCCCAUCCUAUUGCCACCCGCGUUUCGGGGUUGCUCUGCAAAGCAGGGUGUAGCGUUUCAGGGUGCGGAGGGCGCAGCUGAUGCUAAUGAAGGCGGUGCAAUUAAUCCUGGGCAUGCCUGAGCCCAGCCUCAGGAGGGGUGAAACGAGGUCAGCGCCAGAGGAACACCCAAAAAAUGGGGCUGGAGCUGGGCAUGGCAGCG